AGUGGAGCACAUGGAUUAAGGUGUCCCUCAGCUAGCCAAUGUUGAAACUAAAGAAUACAACCUUUAAUUAAAGACACAUCUGCUUGCUUCUCGAUCUACAUUAUUAUUUUCAAUAAUUGUUCUGAAAUCGAUCUCUGAAUUGGUUUCCUAAAAUCGUUGAAUAAUGAUCAUUAUAUGUUUUGCUCUCACCAUUUCAUUCAUUCUUUACUGCCAUUUUCUCAUCCAACAAAUGGUGAAGGAAAACGACUCCAAAACCAUUGGAGAUAGUCUAUCACCCAACAAUCCUACCUCAGAUCAUUAUUUUUCCUCCGUGUUUGAGCUGAUUCCUGAUCUGGAAUUAGAAUCAGAACCAAAACGGCUGUUCCUAAACUUCAGCGAGGAAGAUGCUCUUUCUUCCUUCACUUCACAUCUCCUUGCUGCUCUUCAAAAGUUUCGAAUUACAGUUUUUACAUACGAUAAUGUGCUUCAAAGAGGAGAUCACAUUUCAACAUCAUUAUCAAGUGCAAUCGGAGAGUCUAAAAUUUUUAUAAUUGUUUUCUCAAAAAAUUAUGCCAAUUCGAGACGGUGUUUGGAUGAAUUGGAAAUAAUAGUGAACUGUGGUAGAACCAUAGGAGAAGUGGUUGUUCCGGUGUUCUACCAUGUAGCCCCUACUGAAGUGCGUUAUCAGAAAGGAGAGUUUGGAAUAUCUUUUCAAAGUUUUUUGAACAAAACUUCAAACAAGGUGGAAUUAGAGCUAAGUUGGAGAGCAGCUCUUCGUCGGGCAGCUAGCAUAGCAGGGUUUUUAAUACUGAAUUCCAGGAAUGAAAGUGAGGAUAUCAAACGCAUUGUUGACAGAGUUGUACACUUGUUUAGUUUGAAGCCUUCCUCGUCCACGCCUAUGCCUUCCAUUUCAACAGGAGAACAAUCAAUUGAACAAGAAGUCUUUUUUAUUAUAGCGUUUAGGCGGUCGAGGCAUGGACGGAAACCGAUUCUCAGAUUGGAUCCAACUUCGAAUUCCGUGGUUUUGGACCCAAACCCUAAUCCAGUUUCGAAUCCAGAAUCUGAUCCAGUUUUAGAUCCGGUGGUUUCAGACCCAAAAUCAGACCCGGAUCCAGAAUCAAAACUAAAACCGGAACGAGUAAGGAUUCACGACGUGUUCUUAAGUUUCAGAGGGGAGGACACUCGUUCUUCAUUCACUUCACAUCUCUAUGCGGCUCUUAAAAAUUUUGGAAUUAAGGUUUUUAGAGAUGAUAAUGAGCUUCAAAGAGGAGAUUGCAUUUCAACAUCAUUAUCACACGCAAUUGAACAGUCUCGAAUUUCUAUAAUUGUUUUCUCAAAGAAUUAUGCUGAUUCGCGAUGGUGUCUGAAUGAAUUGGAAAAAAUAAUGAAGUGUCAAAGAACCAUUGGGCAAGUGGUUGUUCCAGUGUUCUACCAUGUAGAUCCCUCUGAAGUGCGCAAUCAGAAAGGUGAGUUUGGAAGGGCGUUUGAAAGUCUUUUGAACAGAAUUUUAAACGAGGUGGAAUUGGCGCUAAAUUGGAAAGAGGCUCUUCGUGUGGCAGCAGGCCUUGCAGGAUUUGUAGUUUUAAAUUUCAGGAAUGAAAGUGACGCAAUCAAUGACAUUGUUGAAAAUAUUUCACGUUUGCUUGACAAAACAGACUUGUUUAUUGCUAAUUAUCCAGUGGGCGUGGAAUCUCGGGUACGAGAUGUGAUUCAGUUGCUAGACAUACAGCGACCCAAUGAUGUUGUACUACUAGGGAUAUGGGGUAUGGGAGGUAUUGGUAAAACCACCUUAGCCAAAGCCAUAUACAACAGAAUUGGUCGCAAUUUUGAGGGUAGGAGCUUCCUUGCAAAUAUUAGGGAAGUGUGGGAGCAAAAUGUUGGACCGGUUGACUUACAAAAACAACUUCUCUUUGAUAUUUGCAAAGAAACGAAGACUAAGAUACAAAACAUUGAGUCAGGGAAAAGUAUACUAAAGGGUAGAUUCUUCCAUAAAAGAGUACUUCUAAUACUUGAUGAUGUGAAUACAUUUGAACAACUAAAUGCAUUGUGUGGAAGUCGUAAUUGGCUUGGUUCAGGGAGCAGAAUAAUCAUCACAAGUAGAGAUAUGAACAUACUUAGAGGUAAUAGAGUUGACCAAAUUUACAAAAUGAAAGAAAUGGACGGAAGCGAAUCAAUUGAGCUCUUUAGUUGGCAUGCAUUCAAGCAAGCGAGUCCAAGAGAAGAUUUUGCAGAAAUUUCAAGAAAUGUAGUUGAGUAUUCUGGGGGAUUGCCACUAGCUCUGGAAGUCCUUGGAUCACAUUUGUUUGAAUUGGGAUUAGCAGAGUGGAAGUGUGUAUUAGAAAAAAUCAAAAGAAUUCCUAAUGAUCAAGUUCAAAAGAAGUUAAAAAUAAGCUAUGAUGCUUUAAAUGAUGACACUGAGAAAGAAAUAUUCCUUGACAUAGCUUGUUUUUUUAUUGGGAUGGACAGGAAUGAUGUUAUACAUAUAUUAAAUGGUAGCGAACUUUUUGCAGAAAUUGGAGUAAGUGUCCUUGUUGAGCGAAGCCUUGUAACUGUUGAUGAUAGGAACAGACUUGCAAUGCAUGAUUUGCUAAGAGAUAUGGGAAGAGAAAUCGUUCGUGAGAAGUCACCAAAAGAGCCCGAGGAGCGUAGCAGGUUGUGGUUUAAUAAUGACGUGCUGGAUGUAUUAUCAGAACAAACUGGAACAAAAGCUGUUGAGGGACUAGCUUUGAAAUUGCCAACAACAGAUGAAAAAUGCUUUAGUACCAAAGCAUUCAAGAAGAUGAAAAAACUCAGACUGCUUCAACUUGCUGGUUUACAACUUGAUGGUGAUUUUGAAUAUCUUUCAAGAAAUGUGAGAUGGCUUUCUUGGAAUGCAUUUCCUUUAAAAUGCAUUCCUUCAAGCUUUUAUCAGGGGAAUUUAGUUUCCAUUGAGUUAGUAAACAGCAAUGUCAAACAUGUGUGGGAAGAUCCCCAGAGGCUGGAGAAGCUGAAAAUUCUCAAUCUUAGUCAUUCUCAUUAUUUGACACAGACCCCAGACUUUUCAAACAUGCCUAAUCUUGAACAACUAGUAGUCACUGAUUGUCCAAAGUUGUCAGAAGUUUCCCAUAAUAUUGGAGAUCUGAAAAAAAUACUUCUAAUAAAUUUGGAGAAUUGUAUUAAGCUUCAAAGCCUUCCAAGAAGUAUUUAUAAGUUGAAAUCACUACAAACUCUUCUUCUUUCUGGGUGUUUACUGAUUGACAAAUUGGAAGAAGAUUUGGAACAGAUGGAAUCUUUAACCACCUUGGUUGCAAAUAACACUGCAAUAAAAAGAGUGCCGUUUUCAAUUUUAAGGUUAAAAAGCAUUGGAUUUAUCUCUUUGUGCGGAUAUGAAGGAUUUUCAUGUGAAGUGUUUCCAGCUAUCAUUUCGUCUUGGAUGUCACCAACAAUUAACCUCCCAUUUCCAUUUCAAACAUCUGCUGCCAUGUCAUCUCUUAUUUCUUUACACGUAACAAGUAGUAGUUCGCACGAACUAUCAUCUUUUUCGAAACAACUUCCAAGGCUUCGAAGUCUUUGCGUGGAUUGCAAUUCUGAAGAUCAACUUUCUCUUGAUGCAAAAAUAAUUUUGGAUGCUCUAUGUGCUACAAAUUCUAAAGAAUUGGAAUCAACUAAAACUACAUCACAAGAAUCCAAUAUGACUACUUCUAAACUAAUCCAAUAUGACAACCCAAUGUCCGUUCCAGGAUCAAAACAUUCCCCGAAGUCUCUUUUAAUUCAAAUGGGAACGAAUUGUCAAGUUGCCAAUAUUCUGAAAGAGAUAAUUUUACAGAAUAUCGAUGGCAAUGGGAAUGGUGGUUGUUUCCUCCCCAGCGAUAGUUAUCCAAAUUGGUUAACUUAUAGUUCUGAGGGUUCUUCUUUAACUUUUGAAGUUCCUCAUGUGGAAGGGCGUAACUUGAAGACAAUGAUGUGCAUUGUGUAUACUUCAACUCUGGAUAAUGUAACAUCUAGUGGCCUUAAAAACAUGUUAGUGAUAAAUUACACAAAGGCCACCAUUCAGCUCUAUAAGAGUGAGGCGUUAUUCUCCUUUGAACAUGAAGAGGGGCAAAGGGUAGUAUCAAGUAUAGAACCUGGUAACAAAGUUGAGGUUGUCUUUGUUUUCGAGAAUGAUUUCAUUGUGAAGAAGACAACAGUUUAUCUUGUAUAUGAUUUGAAUGCAAUUGCUUGUAAUGAUGAAAAUGAACGCCCUGUCAAGAGAUUCUCUACUGAAGAUGAGCCCACUGAUGACUUCAAUCAGAAAAGAAAGAAGAAAAGCCGAGUUGAAUGAAUCAAUGAAAGAUGGUAAAACAAUGCCUGAGCAAAUCAUUUUUUCUGUCUAUUUUGGCUUAAGUUUCUAGAUUUUAUCCAUGGUGAAUUUUUUAUUCAGAGUGGUGAAAGAUUCUAAUUUGUUCUGUUACAAUUCUUCCAUGUCAUGUACUAUUUAAAAGUCUUUUAACUAAAUGGACUCAAUAGUUAUAGCAUUUCAAUGUAAACCAAGCUUCUGUAGUCUUUUAGCUUAUAUGGCUGCAGAGAAGAAACUCUGAUUUGAGCAAUGAGCAUCUUACCACAAUCUCAGCAUCUUAGUAAUCUUGUUGAUGAGUCAA